CAGAUUAGAUGCUUCCAUUAAAAUAUGCAAAAACAGUCUUGUCAGGAAGCAUUUUGCUCCCUGCAUAGACAAUGCCCUUCAUGAUUGGUUCCGCUUCUCCUCGCGAGAAAAAAAACAACAAACAAAAACCCAUCGAGAUCUCCAUAUUAUUUACAGAAUUCUAUUCAUCCUGUCUUCGAUAUCUUCAUUCUAUUUUGCGAAUGUCGAUGGACGGAUUCCAGAAGCCACACGCGGUGGUCUUGCCGUUUCCUGCGCUGGGUCACUACAUUCCUCUGUUGGAACUCUCAAGGCUUGUUGCCUCCCAAGGUCUAAUAAUCAGCUAUGUCACCACGCCUGCCAACGUACCCCGCUUUCAGGAAUUCAUUGAUGAAGCUGUAAACAGCGGUAUCGAUCUUCGCCUGAUAGUCAUUCCUACGCCACCCGUGGAAGGCUUACCAGAGGGGCGAGAGAGCGCCGACGUUUGUCCCCCGGAGCCCCCCGGCCUUAUAUUCACGCUGGCCAACAAGCUUCAACAACCCUUCGAUGCUUGGAUGGAAUCACAGUUUCAACAACAGGAACUGGCAGCGCCGCCAGUCUGUGUUGUGUUCGAUUCGUUCAUGGGAUGGGCGCAAAAGAGCGCCGAAAAGUUUUCGAUUUCUUGCGUGGAGUUUAAUCCGUGUGGAGCGUUUGGAGUGAGUGGGUUGAUCUCAGUCUCGCGUUCGAUCAUGCAGCGGGCGCUGCAGAAAGAAGGGGAGGACUGUGUUGUGUUGAGCCUGGAUCUGCCGAAGCCCCUCAGAUUUCAAAGCCACGAGAUAAACCGACCAUUCUGGAGUGUAGAUGAGAUGAAUCGGGCCACGAAGAUUUUCGCACAGAUGUCUGAGAGCGUCGGGAAAAGCGGGUCGGGAUUGAUACUUAAUACUUUUGAGGAGUUGGAGUCCGAGUAUCUCCGGCACCUGAGAAACCAGACGGGAAAACCAGUGUGGGCCUUAGGUCCCCUGCUUCCGGUGAGUAAUAAGGUUAGCACGCGUGGGAAAAUGGCGGACAUCGCGGCAGAUGAGCUCGUCCGGUGGCUGGACUCUCAGAGCGCCGGAUCCGUUUUGUACGUUUCAUUUGGGAGCGUGAUCAACCUUUCAAAAGAACAAAUAAAGGCCUUGGCCACAGCGCUGGAAGGCAGCCAACAGCCCUUUGUUUGGGCUAUCAGAGUUACGGAAUCCGGGAGCUCAGGAAACGUAGAGUAUCUUCCGGAGGGCUUUCUGGAGCGAACAAAGUACAGAGGGGUGGUCAUAUGGGGCUGGGCCCCGCAGCUCCUGAUUCUUUCCCAUGCGUCCGUGGGCGCCUUCAUGAACCACUGCGGGUGGAACUCUACUCUUGAGAGCUUAAGCCUCGGAGUCCCCAUAACCGGAUGGCCUAUGUUUGCGGACCACUUUUUUAACAUGAGAAUUUUGGCAGAAAUGGGUGUGGGGAUUCAGUUGUGUGAACAUCUCGAUGGGAUUCCAGACGAAGAAAAGGUGAAGGAGGUUUUGAGACAGGUGCUUAGUGAUGACAAAGGUAAACAGAUGCGAAUGACUGCACAGAAGCUGAGGGACAUGGCCAGAAAUGCUGUUGAAGAUGGAGGAUCUUCGAAAGUAAAUGUCCAGACGUUUGCAAGUGAAAUGCACAAGCUGCUGAAGAUAAGAAGAGAACAAUCAAGUUUGCUCUAAAUUGUCUACACAGACUGGUUCUGUGAGUUCAGUUUAAUAUUACGGUUUCUGCUUUAGUAGUAGGAGUGAGGUAGUAUAAUAAGGUGUUAUCUAUCGUGGUUCUAUGUUUUGUAUUUGUUUUAGGGCUUAGAUUGAGUUGCUAAGUUUAUGAGAUAAGGAUGGGUUGGGUUGGUUUGUGUCGGUUUCUUCUGAAUGUCAUAUUGAAGGUAAGCUGAAAUAAAAAUUUAUUUUGAAAA